AUGUCAUACAUCUAUUUUUAUUUAUUUUCGUUACGCAUACGCAGAAGACAUUUACAGGAUACAGAUAUCCCGGCUUUAUUAAUUUUUCUGAAAAAGAAUCAGGAUAUUACUCAUAUUAAUUUGGCAAAUAAUAAUAUCUCAGAUAGCGGCUUUAUAAAUUUACUGGAUCAUGUACUUCUAUAUAAAAACAUAGAAGAACUAGAUCUUCAAAAUAAUAACAUUACAAAGAAAGGAACUAAUUAUUUACUGACAGUAGGAGAAUACGUAGGAAUUAAAAAUCUUAAUUUAAAAGCAAAUAAAUUUGGCACUGAAGCAUCAAAAAAUGUGGCACUCUUUUUAUUAAAAAAUAAACACAUAAAUUCUUUGAAUGUUGCCGAAGUAGACCAGACAGCUUCUAGUUUAAUAUACUUCAUAAUGGUCUUGAGUUCAGACCAAAAGGUUUCCAAUAGGACUUUAAAGAAUAUAGAUAUUAGUAGACCUAAGCCAGGAUGCAUGUAUUAUUUUGAUUCUGCUCAUUUUGCUGAUGUUAUUGGUUAUAUGCUCAAAUGUAAUACCUAUCUUAGGGCAUUACACCUUCAGAAAUACAAUUUCAAUUGCCACGAUAUUGAAAACAUGAUGUCCAAUGCAAAAUACAAUAAUACAUUGUAUUUACUAGAUCUUGGUAGUAAUAACAUAGGUGAUCAUGGAGUUGAAUUUAUUACCAAUUGGUUGGUAAAACGACCAGUUUUAAAAACACUAAUCUUGCGUAGAAAUAUUAUAACUAAUCAUGGUGCAAGGAGCCUAAGCUUCAUCCUUCCAUUUUCAAGAAUUCUGGUUCUUGAUAUUUCUUAUAAUAAAAUUACGAAUGAUGGCAUGAUAGAUAUCUUAAAUACCUUGAAGAAGAGCCCUUUAUUGCAACAAUUAAAAAUAUUUGGCAACUGUAUAAGCCAUCCGACUGCGAAAAUCAUCAAACGGAUGUUGACUUUUGGAAUCCUAGAACAAGAGAAAAUAGAUGUCAGACCCUACAGAGUUGAUCACAAAUGGUAUUUUGCGAAAUACGAAGGUCAUAACUAUAAGAAAGAAUAUUAUGAUGUUCCAUAUGGUCUCUUUUUCAAAGCACCAAAAACUCCAGCUAAAAAGACACGAUACAAUACAAAAUAUUAUAAAUAUAUAUUCUCAAAAGUGACUGAACUAAAAUUGCAUUAUUCAACCAUAACUAUUAUUUCAAAAAUAUUGAGCAGAGAACAUAUAAAAGAUUGUAAAUGCUGUUAUUGUUUAAAAUGCGAAGCUCCACAUUUUGAUGAAUUAUGCAGAGACACUAACCAUCCAAAUAAUUGCAAUUGUUGCAAAUGCAAAAAAGAUAGUGAUAUUUCUAUAGAUAAAUCAGUCACGGACAGAAUCAUAUCUGUUCUUGAUGUUACAAAGUGUAUCUCAUUUAUUUUGGAUCGGGUGAACUCUGAAAUUCAAGACAAAAUCAUUGGAUGGAUUAAUAUUAACGAAGAUAUAUUGGAAAAAGAUUUGAAAACUAUUGCUGAACAAAAUGAAGAUGGAAAAAGUUCUUCUAAAGAUACUGUUUCAUGUAGCUCAUCUUGGAUACAGCUGAGCAUAUCUACUUUACAGAAAUAUUUGCAGGAAACUUCUUCAAAAAAUUUACUGGUAUGUAAGGCUUACACAAGUAAAGAUAAAAAAUGGAGCCAUCUUUUCAAAGUUUCCUUUACUUUUUCAUUGUUGCUUCUCGCGUUUCUCCGACCAUCUGUCAACGAAAUCCGACCGUCUUGCUGCUUGAUUUCUUCCAUGUUUUCUGACAUUAAUUGAUUAGAAUCGAUUUCACGAGGUGCCUUGUUGCUUUGCAUAAGAUCGUUUGUAUUGGAAGGAAUCUCAUCGAUUCUCAAAGAACCAUCUAUAAACCGG